AUGGAAUUAAUUCAAAAACUUGGAAAGUGGAAAUACAAUGACGAAUAUCAGGCACAUGUCACAGUUUCUUCUAGUACUGAAUCAGACGAUAUUGUUGAACAAAUAGUUCACAUAGAAGAUUUAGAAGAAAGAGAAGUUUAUAUAUGUAUUGAAUCUAAUGAGCCUGGUACGGAAAAGGAAUGGUGUCAACAUUGUAACGCUAGAAGGGUUAAGAAAAAUUUUAAAAAUUGGACCAGUGAAAAAAAAGAUAUUGAUGAAUUAAUACAGAAUUCACAAAUUAACACCGUACAUUCUACAAAAUUUCUUGAAUGGAUACCCUAUGAAAAUUUACAAAAUAUUGUUAAUAUUAAUGAAGAAAGUUCUAGCAAAAUUUAUUCGGCUUACUGGCCUGAAGGAAAUAUUUAUAUUAAAAAUAAGGAAUGGAGACGAUAUUCAAAUAAUGGAGUAACAUUAUAUGAAAAGUAUGAUCAUCUAUUUGUGAGAAAAGUUUCAGUUUGUGACAAAUUAAUUAUUGAUGACCUUAAAUUAGCCACUUCAACACAAACUGUAUUGUUUAAAUCUCUCUUAACUUGGGCGUACAGCUUAGUUAAGUAUAAUAAGGAAAACCCGUUUACAAAUCCACUUUUUCUAGAUUUUUUUAAUAGGAUAAGGCUUACAGUAAAUGGAGAAGAUUUAAAUUCUUAUGACAAAUUCAUUUGGAUGAUGAAUUUGUAUAAAAAUAAUAUAGUUGAUAUUAAUUCUUAUAAUGAUCUCAUUCUGAGGUUCAAUAAAUCAUCAUCAAUAAAUGAGAAACAACUUAGAGCUUCCAACUUUAAAGUGAAAUUAAGUUUUGAAAAUUGGGCAGGAUAUGCUAAUUUAAUAAGAUGGAUUAAUGAAAAUCAUCUUUUCCAAGGUCUAACAAUUGAUGAGCUUUCUGAAUUAAAGCUUAGCAAAAGAAUGGCUAUUAAUUUCACUACUAAUGUAGAUUCAAGUAAUAAGUUUUGUAUGAAAAUGAUGAAACCAACAACAAAGAUAGAAGAAUUUUUAACAUCAAAUAAUAUUUUUUCAAUUGAAGAUAUAAGAUCUUUUCCUUUCAUUAAAGAAGCUAUUAAAUCUGGAAAUAUAAGCUAUAAAGAUUAUGAGAAAUACAGCGAAAUUACGUCUUACGCUUUACCUUCAGAAGAAUUCUUCUUCAAACAAGCUAUAGAAAAAGCACUUGAAAGUAUGAAGCCACUUAUGUGUUUGCAAAAUGUAUUUGACGAAUAUGAGCAUUUUUUUCCAUUAAAUGUUGUUUUAGGAAAAUCACUAAAAAAUAUUUCGCCAAAUUCCUCCAUGUCUUAUACUGAAACUUUAAAUUUGCAUUCAGAUAGUUUGAGUAUUUUAACAAAUGGGAACAUGGAUGAUAGUUUAGAAACUAUUGAAUUUGAUGAUAUAAUUUCUUCAUUUGAUAUUCUUGAAGUAGAACAAAAGAGAAAAAUAGAAGGUAUUUUAAAUAGACAAAAUGAUCUUAAAAUUAUAAUGACAGGAAUUGAAGAAUUAAAAGACUUAGAUGUUAACAACACUGAGCAUUAUAAACGAAUAAACAUAAAGCCAUCAUUAGAAGAUGAAAACUAUAAAGUCUUUGGAUCAGUUAUUUCGAGAAAUAAUUUGAGACUAAGAGAUAUUUUAAUUUCAUUUGAAUUAUAUGACUUUAAUGGAUUUUAUGCAAUGAUAAAAACUUUAAAUAAUACAGAUAUUGAUAUUAGAGAAUGUUUUAUUUUGUGGAUGAUUAUUGGAAAUCCUUCAAAAUUAUCAGUUUUUAGCCCAAGGAAUCGAGAAUUACAAGUUUAUUGUUUUAAAGGACUUAUUACAUUACAGCAUAAUAAUUCUUGCUAUCCAAUAAAAACUCCUUGCCAAUUAUCUGAAGGAGAGUUGAAGAAAUAUUCUUUAAAUUCAAUUGGACACAUUUUAACUAAGAAUACAGAAGUUAUUCCAUUUACAAAAGUUGUUCCUUUAAUUUCUGAAAUUGAAAAUAAUUUUAACGAAAUCGUCAAAUUAACACAAGCUGCUGAACAUAAUAAACGAACUUGUGAAAUAUUAAAAGAACGAAUUCAAGCUAUAAACUUAAUCGUACUAGAUUUAAGAAGUAAAGAGGAAUUUUUUAAUAAUAUAAAUUAUUUUUAUAUGAAAAAUUUAAUUAAUAUUAUAACACAGAUCAAAAAUUUUAUUUCGGAUAUUUCUCAAAUGAAUUCCCUGAUAAAAUAUAUUAAAGCGAAAAAUAUUGAGAAAAUUUUUGAAGAAUUAUGUGAAGAAUUUGAUAGUUGUGUUAAUUUAUUGUCUUUUUCUAUUAACGUUAAUAUUGAUGAUGAACUUGAGCAAUUAAAAGCAGAUCAAGUUGAUUUAUUUAAAUAUCUACAAGAAAUGGCAGCUGAUAUUGUGACUGACACAAAAGAUACUAUUGGAAUUACGACUAAUGUAAAAGAUAUUGGAGAUGAGAUUAAAGCCAGCCUCGAAAACUUAAGUAAUCAGUUUUCCACUACAGUUGUAAAAGUCAAUACAAUGAAUAAAACAAUGGAAAAUUUUAUGAACAGUACUUCUCACAACCAAACAAAGAUUGAUUAUGUCUUUCGGUUACAUCCACUAAAAUUGUCUGAUUAUAAACAAGAUAAUAAUGAAGAAUUACGUAAAUAUGGACGUGUAUCUAAAUGGAUUAGUGUUAGAAAUGGAGGUGAUGAAUUUGCGUUUAAACUAAUUCUUGGGAACGAGGACCUGGAGGUUAUACAAAAUCGUGUUACAAUUCUUAAAGAACUUCAUGAAUGGGAAAAUAUUAUAAAGUUUUAUGGACUUGUUCCCGAUAAAAAUAAAUGGUAUAUAGUGACUGAAUGGGCUGAAUAUGGAAAUUUACGUGAAUUUUAUACAAACCAUAAAGACCGAUUCGACCUUAGAUUAAAAUUACGUGUGUCUCUUGAUAUUGCUCGUGGAUUAAAUUUUUUAAGAACUGUAGAGAUUAUACAUCGUGAUAUUAGAGCCAAGAAUGUAUUAAUUACAAUCAAUGAGACAGCAAAACUUACAAAUAUUAGAUCAAGCCGUGACCACCUUUUACUUAAUAAGAGGUUAGUUCAUAACCAAAAUUUAGAACGAGCACGUUAUCAAGCACCUGAAUUAUUGUUUAAGAGAGCUCCAGGUUUCAAGUAUGAUCAAAAAUGUGAUGUUUAUAGUUUUGGAAUCUUACUUUGGGAAAUUGCUGAAGAGAGAAUUCCAUAUAAAGAUACUAAUGAUAUUACGAAAAUAAGUGAUAAGGUAUAUAAUAAAAUGUAUAGAGAACCAUUUUCUGAAAAUAGUCAAAUGCCAGAAGAAUUCAAACAAUUACAAUUUGAAGAAAGUUUUUGGCUUUAA